GCAACGAUUUUCAUUCUUUAAAACUGACACCCGACCUUCAGCUGACCUGAAAAAAGAACAUCUCUCGGAUUUAGGACCAAAUUCAGAAAAAUGGUGCAAAAUACUCUUUGGAGUAGAAAGCUCUGAACACACCCCCCCCCCCCCCCCCACCCCCCCACACCCCUGACGUUGAUGAGCACAGAGAUUCCGAGCCUGACAUGAUGCCUGGACAGAUCCCAGACCCCUCGCUGACAGCAGGCUCUCUCCCAAGUCUCGGCCCGCUGGCAGGCAUCCCGUCCACCACUCUCACUGCCGAGGACUUGAAAUACGCAGACAUGCGAAACAUCGAGGCCAUGAUCUCCCCUCUGCACUUCCUGGGAGUAAAACUGUCCAAGAGGCCAUCCUCAUUGAAAGGAGAGAUGGAGGAGGAGGAGGAUAGAAGGAAAAGGCGACGAGAGAAAAACAAAGUUGCAGCAGCACGAUGUCGAAAUAAAAAGAAAGAAAGGACAGACUUUCUACAAAGGGAGUCGGAGAGGCUGGAGGUGAUGAACGCAGACCUGAAGGCUCAGAUUGAAGAGCUGAAGCACGAGAGACAGCAGCUGAUCCUCAUGCUGAACCGGCAUCGCCCCACCUGCAUCGUGAGGACGGACAGCGUCAAGACGCCCGAGAGCGAGAGCGAGAGCAACCCCCUGCUGGAGCAGCUCUCCACGAAGUGAAGGAUGGCCCGCAGCUUUCCACAAACUCUGUACACCUUAGACUUGUAGUGCAGCUAAAGUCAGCACUUGGCUCUUUAAGGAACUUGAGAUUCCUUUUGAGUACUUUCACUUUGGGAGGAUGUUUUGGAAGGGGUUGCUUUAAGAGACCCGUUCCAAACUGUCUUUUUUGGGGUUUCCUGUCAUGCGGAAGCUUUUGCCAUCAGUGAAGACAAAGAAACACUUUUAAACGGUUUUAAGUUUCUGCUGUGGAGCCAGGCACCAGACAGGGUGAUAUUUGCCAAUGUAUACUGGUUUAGUAAACAGUUAUAGUAUUUUAUAUUGUUGUUUUAUCCUGCCUUUGGCUCUGGCAGUUUCCGGUUGAACCGACCCGAGGUGACGCAGGCGUCAUCAAAGCACACACACACACACACACACACACACACACACACACACACACACACAUAUAUAGUUUACAGUCUUGCUAUUACACCAUUGUUACUGCUAAUUACAUUGUGUUUUUUAUGAUUUUUUUUUAUACUGCAAUAUAUGAUUAUAUAUGAUAUGUAAUCACUAGAUGUGAUGCAUUUUAUAUUUCUGUUACAGAUGUAACUUGUUUUGUAUUCUGAUGUGUCGUGUGUUGAUGUCAUUGUUUCUGUCUGAGAGGGGGUUGUAAAUAGCCCCCCUGGCUCUUCUCAGCAAUGUGUUUAUAUAUAUAUAUAUAUAUAUAUAUAUAUAUAUAUAUAUAUAUAUAUAUAUAUAUAUAUAUAUAUAUAUAUGUAUAUAACUUUCUGUGUUUUACAACCACGUAUGUCUCUUGGUGUUACUCAGCUCCAUACUCAUUAAAUUGUGUUUUCAAGUA